AAAAUUUUUACUUUUGUAUUUAAGCUCUCCCAAACACUGUUAAAGUUCUGCCUAGUCUACUGUUUUUACGAGAAAUACAGAAGCAGAAAAAAAGAAAAAUGGUGGCUCGCAAGUUUCUGGUCCGCCACGACGACUCCGAUUUCGACGUAGACUACAACACCGACGACGGCUUCGAAGUUUUCAAGUUUCAGCUCUUCUCUCUCACUUCAAUUCCUCCUGAUGAGCAAAAGAUCCUCGGGGAAGAUGGUGAUCGCGUUGUGUCUAGCGACUCUGAUCUCGUCACCAUUUCGGAGAAGCUCCGGUUGGUAUCGAUCUCUGAAGAGGACAAAGAGAAACAUGAAGAAACAGCUGAAAGUAGCCAAAAAUCCGAUUCGGAAUUCUUGAAAUCAGAUGAGGAAUUGGCGCGAAUGUUGCAGGCAGAGGAAGAAGCCCUUUUGCGUCAACAGUAUGCAGUGCGCGAAGACAGCAGUCAAUUUGAGCAGCAAAUUCGGCCUUAUAUCAGUAAAGUUCUUAUGUAUGAAGACCCUGUCCGUCAGGAAGCGGCUCGUGAGUCAGUUCCUGUAGAUAAGCUUGAGGAGAAAGCAUUGGUCUCUUUGGCUAGGGAGGGGAACCUUAAACCAUCAAAAUCUGAACAAGACCAUGCUUUCCUGCUUCAGCUGCUUUUCUGGUUCAAACAAUCAUUCAGUUGGGUUAAUUCACCUCCCUGUGAUGGUUGUGGGAAGGAAACAAGGAAUCAAGGAAUGGGUGCACCACUUCCAACAGAACUUUCUUAUGGAGCAACUCGAGUUGAACUUUACCGGUGCAACUUCUGUUCAAGAAUUACUCGGUUCCCACGCUAUAAUGAUCCAUUGAAGCUUGUGGAAACAAGAAAAGGGCGUUGUGGGGAGUGGGCCAAUUGCUUUACGCUUUAUUGUCGAUCUUUCGGCUAUGAAUCCCGUCUGAUUCUAGAUUUCACAGAUCAUGUAUGGACGGAAUGUUACUCAGAAUCUUUAGGAAGAUGGAUGCAUCUUGAUCCUUGUGACGGAAUCUAUGACAGACCACUGUUAUACGAAAAAGGUUGGAACAAGAAAUUAAAUUAUGUAAUUGCUAUUGCAAGAGAUGGAGUUUAUGAUGUCACCAAACGUUACACAAGGAAGUGGCAUGAGGUUCUUUCUCGACGAACCAUCACAACAGAGUCCUCUGUGUUAUCUGUUCUUACUUCUUUGACAAAAGAAUGUCGGAGAAGUCUUACAAUUGAAGUUCUUUCUGUGCUUGAAGACCGAGAUAAAACUGAAAGGGAAGCCCUUGAGAGAGGUUUACAUUCUACUGAUGAUGUCUCAAUCUCAUUGCCUGGGAGACAAAGUGGGGAUAAGGAGUGGCGUAUUUCAAGAUCCGAAUUUGGUUCUGACUCUUUGGGCUGUUCUUCUUGUCCAGUUCGUAUGUGCACAGAUGAGCAUGUGACAGAGAUUUAUAAUGCAUUUUCUCCAGUACUUCAUAAGUUUUUGGAGCAUUCUUUAACUGCACACAAAGGUGCUGAAGCACUCAAGAUUUUUGAAGAGACUCUGAUAGCUCUCAAAAAACUACCCUAUAAAACAAGGAGAGCUUUUCUAAAAUUGGCUCCAACCACUGAAAUAUCUUUGGUGCACCAGUUGCUGCCCUCUUUUAAUGCGUUGCUUAACGCUCUUUUGCUGAAGAGUGAGUUGGAUGCUGAGGGCAGGGUACAGAUAUGUUUAGCUGGUGAUCCUGUGAAGACCUCUCUAGCAUUGCCUGUUGUGUUGCAUGCUUUGGAUGAACUGAUGAAUGAUCUUCACAAAUGUGACAAUUUUGGUAAAGAUUCCUUAUCCUUUCCCCUUGUGAGAUUAAACAGAAUAUGUUCUGGUUCAGUCCUUGCAAGUGGUGAGGAGCUUCCCUUUGGAAUUGCCACAGCAGCAUUUGAUGGAACUCGAAUGUCUAAAUGGGAAGAACCCAAUGGUGCACAAGGUUGUUGGAUCAUGUAUAAAACGAAGGACAACCAGAUGAAGGAACUUGUUGCCUAUGAGUUAAUGUCAGCCAAUGAUGCUCCAGAGAGAGACCCAAUGGAUUGGGUUGUUGAGGGAAGUGAUGAUGGGGGAUCCAGUUGGCAUGUUCUUGACGAACAAACUUCUCAGCUUUUUGAUAAGCGAUUUCAGCGUAGGUCAUACACAAUAAGAUCUACUGGUCUUCAAUCCAACAUUUUCAGAUUUCGUUUUCUGAAAGUGAGAGAUAUUAAUUCAACCUCAAGACUGCAACUAGGUAGUAUCGACCUGUAUGCUCGGUGCAAUUAAUCCCUCAUUGAGCUGAUACAGAAGAAAUGCUUCCAAUAUAUUGUUAGAUUGAGGAAAAUAACUGGCCUUGGCAGUUCAUUUUAGAAUGGUUGUGUGCUAAUAUUCAUGGCUUUCCUUUCUCCACUAAGUAGCUUGGAUAGGGAAAAUAAUUCCCAUAUGGAUAUUCAUGUAUAACACUUUGUUUCCCUUCGCUAAUUGGCAAAUCUCGAUACUGCAUCCAAUAUAUUGUAACAAAUUGUUGUAAUUCUUAUCCUUACAUUGUGUUCAUGAAAUGCUAUUCCCCAUUAGGGAAUGAAUAGACAAACAGCAUUCUG